UACAGGCCACGUUCUGUUUUCUUGUGCACAGUCGCAAAACCACGGAUCAUUCCCUAGGAAUAAGGUCGUUCGCAAGAUCGUGCCAAGAAACACUACCAAGAAAACGACCGUUAUUUGUCGAACGUUCUCUUCGAUCGUGCUUAACGAUGUUUCGUUCACGUUCGUUUGUAAUGUAUCGACGUUGGCAACGUCAAAAACUGUACGAAUAUUACGGAAAAUGCGGAUACAACUAUCACAUACGGUGAAAACAAACGCGCCAUCAAAUUAUUCGCAACGCACGACACGCGAGAGUCUCGCGAUGUUUCCUGAGAGAUAUCGACACGACAAAUCGAUCUACAUAGGCGUCAAUCGUAUCAAGCAUCUAUCAACACUAGAAUCAAACGUAAAAGCUUUGCUUGAAACGGAUAGAGGGAGCUGGCCGCAGUUGUCAACGGCGUACGUGAACAGAAGGUUGGUCGAUAUGAGGGAAAAGAAUACUUGUGAAAUGCCAAUCAUCGAACAUAGCAUAAUAUCCAUGGUACAUACUGGGAAGAACGGUCGUUCUUUACGUUCCUCUUCUUUCCUAUCUCGAGCGAAAAAGAGCACAGUGACAGUUCGCUCACGGAUAAUGGCAGAUGCGCACGACGAUCUGUCUGUCACGUGGUAA